GCAUGAAGAGCCACACAAACGCCUCCUGGUCUUUUACAGUCUGUCCGGUAGAGUUUGCUGUGGCCGUUCAUUCGCCUUCCUCCUACCGGCUCCUCCCCGCCUGUGUAUCAACUCCGUGACGGGUCACGUUAUUGGAGGUCGGCAGUCGGUCGGUGUGGAAGCACUGCGCUCUCUUCCGACGAGUCACUAUCCUGCCUGUACUUACCAUAAAAUAUUACUCAGAAGAGUUGACGGGAAAGCGAAACCAGACUAGAAAACCAGCAGGGGACUCUUAUAAAAUCCCGGCUUUGAGCGCUGCGACCGACAGAAGGCUGUAAUCUGAAGCAAGAGGAGCGAGGAUCUCACCGCGGACUGGAUGACAAGCUCCACGGUAUUAUAGGUGCACCGGAGUCUGCCGACGACAUGGAAGAGAAAUAGUUGUUCGGAUUCAGCCGAGGUCAUGGAUGCAAGCUGGAAAAACUGCUUCGAAGAGGAGCUUCUGUGUCCCAUUUGCCUGAAUGUUUUCGACGAACCCAUCCAGCUGCCGUGCAAGCACAACUUCUGCAAGGGUUGCAUCUCCGAGGCUUGGGCCAAAGACACCGCCGCGGUCCGCUGUCCAGAGUGCAACCAUGACUACGACCAGAAGCCCACACUGGAGAAGAACUUCAAGCUCGCCAACAUAGUGAAGCGCUUCAAUGCUUUGAACACUGAGAAAGCCCCCCCUGUGCUGCACUGUGUCCUCUGCAGACGAGGCCCCCCGCUGCCCGUGCGGAAAGUCUGUCUGCGCUGUAAGGAGCCCUGCUGCCAAACUCAUAUCCAGACGCACCUACAGCAGCCGUGUGCGGCGCCGGGACACCUGUUAGUCGAUGCUGAGGAGCUGAGCGCUUGGACCUGUCCCAGUCACGAGGAGUACAGGCUGCUCCACUGUGAGGAAGAGCAGGUGGCUCUGUGUCCGUUCUGCUGCAUCUCUCACUGCACUAACCAAAGACACACAGUCUGCGAUGUUGAUACGCAACGCAUACAAAUGCAGGCCAUGCUAAUGAGGCAGCAAGACAGACUGGAAGGUCGUGUUCAGAACAUCGAUGAGCACCUCAACAAGCUGGAGUCAGACAAGACACUGAUGAAGGAUGCAGUGUCUGAACUGAAGGAGCAUGCAAGAGCCCAGUAUCAGCGGAUGCAUGCGCUGCUAGAAGCAAACCAGGCUGACACCAUGCAAAUGCUGGAGAACACCUACAACUCGUACGUGAGGAAGAACUCCCAGCAGGUGCUGCAGCUCAACGAGAGGCGCCACGAAGCAGAAAAACUCCUGAGCUCAGUGCACACAUUCUUCCGAAAAGCAGGCAGUUUGAAUUUCAUGAAGAAUACAAAACCUUAUCAGCUGCUCAUGGACAGGUCAAACUCACAUCUGAAUAGCAUUAUCCCUCCAGUCAGAGUGGGCCAGCUCAACUCUCAUCAUUUGCUGUCCGACCUGUCAACAAGAGAGAAGAACUUGCGAAAAAUGCUGGAGGAACCGUUCAUUGAGUCGCCUCUUCUGGAGAUUGUGCAGUCUCACAGCAGCUCUGCUAGCUCCCAGUUGGGGACUAGUUCAGGAAUACAGAAGAGGAAAUACAGCAUGGCGUUCCUGGAGGCUAACCCAGAAAACUCCCAGAAUCCUCCACCUUUGCUCUACAGCAGCAAAAAACCCUUCCUGCCCGACCAAGGUCACCGGGCUUCAUCUGUAUAUGCCUCUGAAGUCCUCUCGCAGAAUCCUCACACUGGCCCUGGUCAUAGUCGGCUCCUAGACACUUCAGCCCAUCACAUGGUGGGUCUAGGGUCCAGCUCUAGCCACCACUCAGGAACCAUAUUCCCAUCCUCCCACUUCUCAAGUGGUGGUGCCUCACAACAAGCCGUGUACGAAGGGAGGAAAGUACUGAUGUGUACUUUGAAUAAUUGCUGCUGCUCCAGGGCCCCUGCUGCUUGCGCCCGGCCUCCGUACCCAGCGUCGGACUCCUUCCCCUCUGUGACCUCUCAGGAGUUUGCCCCACAUGCCUCUCUAUCUGCAAGUCAGCCACUGCAGCAUUUUCCCAUGAGGGGACUGAUGGAAACAUCGCAGUCAGCCAGACAUGCCGAAUUCUAUGGGCUGUAUGGCCAGUCUUCAACCAAGCAUUACGGGACCAAAUAAUAAACCCGAAUCAGCAUCCGUUCUGUUUUAUUAGAUCACGUUUGGCAUCAAAAAGUUCCAUGUUUGUUUUUUUGCUCCUAUCCAUUUUGAUUCAGAGAUGCGACCCCAGAUUAUAUCUCCAACACACCUUCAUGACAAUCACUCUUGACAUCUAUAUGAAACCAUUUGGGGAGAACGUGCCCUGUUAACUUGUGUAGCUCUGUUUACUCCCCGAAUCACAGUGACAGUACUAAUGAUCUAAUUUGAAAGCAUUAUUUAUUGUCUGUUUCAGUUCGACUGGAAGUGCUAAUGUGAAUAAUGUAGUCUUAAAUCCAUUCAAACUUAAGAAAUGACAUAUCCUUCGGGGGUCCUGGCAUGGGACUCCAGAGACUCCAGUGCCUAAAGAGACUGUUAACACACUUGUAUUGUACUUGCAAUUUCCUAACUCUUGAUUAUUUCCUGUUUGCAGCUGAAAGCAUGCAGGGAGCCUCUCCAUGCACUCCAAAGUCCACGUGGCUUUAGAAAAAAAAAAAAACACUGGACUGCAAAUGUUUUGUUUUUUUCCAGAUUCAGGUUUUUCAUUAGUUUUUUUUAUAGAAGAUUAUGAAUAAACCAAAAUCUUUUGAAUAAAUAAAAAAGCGUAUUACAUGACCUUUCAUUGUAUUUUGAGCACUGGUUUUCAAAAGUAAUUCGCUGGGUUUGCUGGUGUGUACUUUAAACCAGGUGACGCGCUGGUUAUUUUAAACGUCGUGUCUGAUUAUAGUUUGAAGUCUAUUUGUCCUAAGAAGCAAAUUGUGCGAUUUGUUUGGGUAAAGAGCUUUUCCAGGGUGACUCACUGAGUUACACAUGAAAACAAAAAAUAAAGAGAAGCUGUUACGGUGGUACAUCCGAGCCUGCUGCUGACCAGCAAAGCUUGUAAAACAGAGAGAGGAAAAAAAGACACCGAAAGGCCGUAUGUUUGAGAUCUACUGUAUUCAGAGCAGAGCACAGCGGAGGAGGUUACAGAGCGGCCCACAGCAGGCCCAUUAUCUGCCAAUUUAGGACAGUUCACUUCCUUGUCAGCAUCCUGGUCUCUGGCAAAAAUCUCUGUGUCAUCCCUCUUUGUCUUGUUAUUGGAGCUGGUUGUCAAGUUAGGUCAGAGAACAGGAAUAACCAAUGAGCAGCACCUCCCCUCUCCUUUCUCCCUUCCUCUAUCAUUUUCCAGAGCUCGAUGCAGAGGAGGAGGAGAGGAGCGUUAGGGCGGAGGAUGAUAUAAGCGCAGAGUUUUAAUGAGGAUCUACUUAUCUGUCACUCAUACUCCUUUCAUUUUUCCCCUCCCCCAUUUAGUGAGAUAGCAGGAGCGAGCUUGGGGUGGUGGGGGCAGCAAAGUCAGGGUCGAGGGGGGUAGGAAUGGUAAGGCACAUCACUUAUUUAUAGGUUAUAAAACCUUGCUCCCUCCUAUAUAGUGCAGUCUGCUUUUAGUUUUUUUAGUUGUUGUUUUUUUGUCUUCUUUGAAAUCUCUUUCACUUCCAUGAUAACUCGGCCUCCCUUUAGCAGCAAAUGCACGAGGGAGAGGAGUGAGAGGAGCUGAGGUUUAGUUACAGUGUGGCAAUCUGACAAUGUGCAUGUGUGUGUGUUUGUGUGUAAGCCAAUUAGCAUUCCCCUUGUUCACUGUCCCUUCUCGCUCUGUGUGUGUGUUAUUAAUAAAACAUACAGCAGAUGUUCCAAA